AUGAAGAGCGCCGUUCUUUCUGUCCUGGCCAGCGGUGCCGCUGCCCAAAUUACUCUUGGUGGUCUUGGUGGCUUGGGUCUCGGCCCUGAGAUUUUCCAAAAUGCUGCCAUCAACCCCAGCGACCCUGAAUACGCAACCUGCCAGGACGCCGUUUCACUCGUUCAGAAAUGUGUUUCCGCGGUCGGCGGUUUGGACGCUGCUCCCACUGCUGACGCUGACGCUCUCGUCGCUUGCGCCUGCUGUGACGGCAGUGAGAACGCUGCUCCUCUCUACUCGGUCUGCUCCAACUACCUCGAGGAUGAAGCCCCCGAGAACACCUCUCAGUAUGAAGCUUACGGCACUCUGUACAGUGCAUGCAGGAUUGGUGCUGCCAAGUGUACCGGUAGCAACAGCGGCAGUGGUGGUAGCGGUAGUGCCAGCGCUUCAAGCCGUCCUACAGCAACUGCAGACGAUGAUGAAGACCGCUCAACCAUCACUACCCAAACCAGCCCUGCUCAACAGACCUAUGCUUCAGCUUGUGUAGACAUGCUCGGCAUUUUCACGUCGUGCACAGCCAAGGACCGUGAUUUCACAAACCUCCCUUUCAAGGAGCAGGCCGAGUGCUACUGCUGCCGUGGCUCUGGAAACGACCUCACCUGGACCGACGCUAUGGACAAGCAUGCUCAGACCUGCGCCGACUGGGCACGCACUGGCGAGCCCAAGACCGCCUACUCAGUUGCCAAGACUUUUGCCACCUUCUGCGAGCGCUUCUCCAACGUUUGCGAGUUUGCUGGUGCUGGUGCCAAGACUCAGGGAUCUGAUUCCGAUGAGGCCACCCAGGCCAGCACAACUGAAGACUCCAGCUCUCGUCAGACCGAUGCUUCUAGUGACGAUAAUGACAACGACAAUGACAAUGACAGCGAGACCACCAGCAACAACAACGCCGGCCCUGUCACCGUCACCGUCGGCUCACAGCCUACCGAGACUGGAAACGAUGCCACUUCGGCUCGCGCUGGCUUCGGUGCCAUCCUGGCCGUCGUUGCUGCUUUGGCCAUCACUCUAUAA